UUCAAAGUUCGGAUCUUAAUCAUUCGGAUCUUUCGUUUUCUGUCGUGAGGACGUCGUUUGAUACAUUGGUUUUGAUUCCUAUUAUAACGGCGCAAUGGGUGAUCAAGAACGGGGACGCCGCCGUCCCUUAGACGACUCCGAUCGCAGUCCAAGAUCAGUGCAAGAGCCGCGAGCAAAAGUCUUCCGUGAUAAUGGACCCCAUAAUAGAGAUAGGUCGGAGGCUUCGAGGUCAUACAGAGGAGCUUCAUCAUACCAUGGAGCCUCUACAUCCCGUGGCAUUGUCGGAUCAACAGCUUGCGCGGUAGAAGCCCCAUCAGUGUCUGGUGCAAGUGCUCCGUCAACUCAUGGCAGUGGUCCCAAUACUGAACGCAGGCGGGUUGAUCGGUAUGAAAUUGUUAAUUCAAGACCGGCGGAUAUCGUGACUAAGCGGGGACAGGAUGGUACACCAAUUAAAUUGUUGUCAAACUUUUAUCGUUUGAAAACCAAACCACAAUGGCGCAUUGUCCACUAUCACGUGGAUUUUGCGCCUGAGGUCGAGGUGGUGCGAGUGCGUUGUGGAAUAUUAUCAGAGCAUGCCAGAAUCUUGGGCACCGGCUACCUCUUUGAUGGCGCCCAGCUGUUUACGACCAAGAAAUUUGAACAGGAUGUAACAGUGCUGCAGGCAACCUCAAAGCAAGGCGUCAAUUAUACAAUUACAAUCAAGUUUGUGGGCUAUAUAUCGGCAGCCGAGCCGCGCUUUCUGCAAGUGUUGAAUUUAAUUUUGCGUCGUUCAAUGAAGGGUCUUAAUCUGGAGCAGGUCGGACGUAAUCUUUUUGAUCCGCACGCACGGAUUAAACUGUUUGAAGUGGAACUUUGGCCAGGCUACGAAACGUCCAUCCGUCAACACGAAUCGGAUAUAUUAGUUUGCGCCGAAAUCACACACAAGGUGAUGCGCUCGGAAACAAUUUAUGACAUACUAAAAAGGACUACCCAUUCCGAUCGCUAUAUAGAAGAAUGUCGUCUUAACACAUUGGGUUUAGUUGUACUCACGGACUACAAUAAUAAAACUUAUCGUAUUAAUGAAUUGGACUUUUCACAAUCCCCACUUUCCACAUUCAACUGCAAAGGAAAAGAUACGACUUUUGUUGAAUACUAUCUGACGAAAUACAAUAUUCGCAUAAGGGACCACCGUCAACCUCUGAUCUUAUCAAAAAAUAGAGACAAAGCCCAAAAUAACAAAGCCAAUGACAUUGUACUGCUUAUUCCUGAACUGUGCCGCGUCACUGGACUGACCGAUGAUAUGCGCAAAAAAAUGGAUUUCAUGCGUGCAUUAGCGAAUCAUACACGCAUGAAUCCAGGCAGACGAAUCGAACGCUUGCAAACAUUCAACCGGCGAUUGCAGACAACAGCGGAUAGUGUCAAGGUCUUAAAAGAUUGGAACAUGCAAUUAGAUGACAAAUUAAUUGAGGUUCAGGGUCGCGUAAUUGCACCUCAACGAAUUGUCUUCAAUAAUAGAAGUCGCGUUUCUGCUGGAGACAAUGCAGAUUGGACACGUUAUUUUCGGGAUCAACAGAUGCUCACCACACCCAGAGAGGGUUUAGAUCGAUGGGCAGUUAUUGUACCGGAACGCAACUUGCGAGACUUGAAACAGUUGCUGGAUAAUCUGCACCGUGCCGCAAGAGGAAUGGGUUUUAAUAUCCAGAAACCUCGCGAAUCUUGGAUUAAAGAUGAUUGCACCAGUACGUAUAUUCAAGCUCUGGACGACUGCGCCCGCUGUGAUCCCAAACUGAUUCUUUGUUUCUUUGCAAGGAAUAAUCCAGAAAGAUACGCUGCGAUUAAGAAGAGAGGGUAUGUGGAUAGAGCUAUUCCUACCCAGGUGGUAACCACAAAUGCUAAUAGAAACGGCUUGAGCGUGGCCACAAAAAUUGCAAUACAAAUCAAUUGCAAACUGGGCUAUACGCCGUGGAUGAUCGAGCUGCCCCUGUCUGGUCUAAUGACCAUUGGGUUUGAUAUAGCCAAGUGUUCGCGAAAUCGCUCCAAGGCUUAUGGCGCAUUGGUGGCCUCAAUGGAUCUGCAACAGAAUUCAACAUUCUUCAGUACCGUCGCUGAGUGCAGCGCCUAUGAUGUAUUGGCCAAUAAUCUGUGGCCAAUGAUAUUAAAAGCUUUGAGGCAAUAUGAACGCGAGCAUAAAAAGUUGCCGACUCGUAUCAUAUUUUACCGUGAUGGCGUUAGCUCGGGCUCCUUAAAACAGUUGUUCGAAUACGAGGUCAAGGACAUUGUCGAAAAAUUGGAUGCUGAAUAUAAGCGCGUGUCGUCCACUACCGCACCGAUGCUCGCCUACAUUGUAGUCACCAAAUCAUCGAACACACGUUUCUUUUUAGACAGUAUGCGAAACCCUCCGCCAGGAACUGUCGUCGAUGAUGUUGUUACGUUGCCUGAACGCUACGAUUUUUACCUUGUGUCGCAGACGGUACGUCAGGGCACAGUUUCACCCACUAGCUAUAAUGUACUUUAUAGUAACAUACGCUUAAGUCCAGAUCAACUUCAGAAGUUGACUUAUAAAAUGUGUCAUUUGUAUUACAACUGGUCAGGAACCACUCGAGUGCCAGCUGUGUGUCAGUAUGCUAACAAACUUGCUACACUCGUUGGAACUCACUUGCACGCCAUACCUCAAUGUGCACUAGAGAAAAAAUUCUAUUAUCUUUAAGAUCAACUUUUAUAUUUUGAGUGAAAUAAUAUGCUAUUUUUAAGUUCAUAGUUUUCAAAAAGUUUUGAAUGGAGAAACUCAUUUUAUGCUUUACACAACUGAAUGUAAUUCCUUUGUUUAUUUUAAUAAGACUUCCACUACGGAAGUACGUACUUAAUUUUGCUAAUAUGUUUAGAUUAUAUUUAAGGAAAUAUAAAUGCUAAAUUUUUAUGUUAAAAUAUCGUAA